AUUCACAUUAGUCCGCCUCACGGUGCAGCUGCUCUUAAAGAGACAGCACCCCCCAUCCCAUCCCAUCCUGUGCUUUGCUAUAUUGUGGCUCUUUGGACAUGUUCCUCAGCAUCGCUCUCAUCUGGGCCAUUGUGGUCGGUCUCUGCUGCCUGCUGUGGCUUGCAGUGGGAAUCCGGCACAGACAGCCCGGUGAGCCCAUGGUGGAGAAUGGGCUGAUCCCGUACCUGGGUUGCGCGCUGCAGUUUGGAGCUAACCCUUUGGCUUUCCUCCGGAGCAGACAGAGGAAAUAUGGACACAUCUUCACGUGUAAAAUCGCAGGCCAGUACAUCCACUUCCUGUGCGACCCCUUCUCCUACCACUCCGUCAUCAGGCAGGGCCGGCACCUCGACUGGAGGAAAUUCCACUUUGCCACGUCCGUCAAGGCGUUCGGACACGAGAGCUUUGACCCUCGGCACGGUCACACAACGGAGAACCUGCAUCAGACUUUCCUGAAGACCCUACAGGGAGAAGCUCUGCCCUCACUCAUCCAAACCAUGAUGUGCCACCUCCAGGAUGUCAUGCUGCGCUCCGACACGCUGCACCCAAGAACCCACAAAUGGGAGGUGGAUGGUAUCUUCGCCUUCUGCUACAAGGUGAUGUUUGAGUCUGGGUACCUGACGCUCUUUGGUAAGGAGCUGGGGGAGGAUAAGUGUCAGGCGCGGCAGGCAGCUCAGAAGGCCUUGGUCCUCAACGCACUCGAAAACUUCAAGGAGUUUGACAAGAUCUUCCCCGCUCUGGUGGCCGGGCUGCCCAUUCACGUGUUCAAGAGCGCCUACAGUGCCCGAGAGAACCUGGCCAAGACGAUGCACGCGGAGAGGCUGUCCAAGCGCGAGAACGUGUCUGACCUCAUCUCUAUGCGCAUGCUCCUCAACGACUCCCUGUCCACUUUUAAUGACAUCAGCAAAGCACGCACCCACGUAGCUCUGCUGUGGGCGUCCCAGGCUAAUACUCUACCUGCUACCUUCUGGAGCCUCUUCUACAUGAUCAGGAGCCCUGAAGCCAUGAAAGCCGCUAAGGAGGAGGUGAAGCGACUUCUGGAUGCAGCCGGUUUGACCCCUGACCCCAAUAACCCCACCCUCAAUUUGACCCGCGACCAGCUGGACAACAUGCCAGUCCUGGACAGCAUCAUAAAAGAAGCCAUGCGUCUGUCCAGCGCCUCCCUCAACAUCCGCGUUGCUAAGGAGGACUUCCUGCUUCACCUUGACAACCAGGAGGCUUACCGUAUAAGGAAGGAUGAUGUUAUUGCCCUGUACCCACCCUUGCUGCACUACGACCCUGAGAUCUAUGAAGACCCCUACGAGUACAAGUUUGAUCGCUUCCUGGAUGAGAGUGGGCAGGAGAAGACAGUAUUUUUCCGUAAUGGACGCCGCCUUAGGUACUUCUACAUGCCGUUCGGGUCGGGUGUCACCAAAUGUCCUGGGCGCUUUUUUGCCGUGUACGAGAUCAAACAGUUCCUCACCCUGGUACUGUCCUACUUCGACAUGGAACUCCUGGAGCCUGCCAUCAAAACCCCACCCCUCGACCAAUCUCGUGCAGGUCUGGGUAUCCUCCAGCCCACCUACGAUGUGGACUUUAAAUACAAACUACGGGCCACGAGCUAAAGCGGACAUCACCAUGGACAUUACAGAGGUCGCUAAAGAGUGGACUCCACACUGUAAAAAUGGAUAUCUAUGUUAGUAUUAUUUUGUUUUACAUGUUUAUUUUGUAAUUUCGACCAUUUAUUUUGUAGUUUUGACAUUUUUAGAUUAAUUACGUUAUUUAAACAAAGCCUGUGUUCAAUUGGUCCCAUUUAAGCGCUUCAUUUUCAACAAAAAAGCUGAAAGUGACUAACUGAAAAACUGUUGGCUAAUGCAAGUCAACCUGACACUGUAAGAUAUUUGUUUAACAGCACAAAUCAGCUCUCCAGCUAAAUCAGUUCAAAGUAUCUGAGUAUCUGAUAUCCAAUGCCAACCAAAGCAAACCAGUGCAGAGACAAAGUCAAUAUAGGUUUAAAAUAUCAAAUUAUACAUUAUAUAAUUAAAAUGUUAUGCUAUUAUUAGUAGUAAUGAAGACCUGGCCUUAGAGGACAUCCAAAUUCAACAGACUUAUUAAUUAAAGGUCCUGUAUUGCACAAAAUUGACUAGAAUGUAGUUACAUCAUCAAAAACAUACCUGGAGUUGUGUUUUGUUUCAUUCACACAUGUUUGAGCACUCCUUUAUUAUUAGUCUGCUCAAAAUGCUCUGUUCCACCUUGCAAUGUAAUCUCGUUGUAGUUUUCAAAUUAACAGCUAACUUUGACCUUUUAUUCACUAGAGACUGGCAAUUCCAGGCUUGAAAUUAUCCAAAUGAUUCUAGGUUCUAGGUGUAUGGUGCCUCCUGACAUCACAAGGUGGAGGAGAGUGUUUUCUGUUUGAUAGAAGAACUUUUUUUGUGCUUGUGCUUUAUACAUGUGUGAAUGAAACAAUGUGUUUUGUUGUGUCUCCAGGUAUGUUUGUGAUGAGGAAACAUAACAACCGAUAGAACAAAAAUAGUGUAAUAUAGGCUCUUUAACUGAAAUUGUGUGUAUAAUCUGUUAAAAUGUUGUCUAGGGUCCCCGUAAUGUUUUGAGAUUGGCUUUAAUACAUCUUGAUACAUUUUCAAAUUUCAAGCAAGGUGCACUGAAUAUAAACAGUAGCCUAUACUCAAAAUAAAUAAUUCAAGUUGAAGUCAUGUAGGUAUUGAUUUUUGCAGUGUAGAGUGACUGAAUGUGUAAAUACUGUUUAUAUGUAAAUAGGACUUGCAUGUUUUGUGUGUGCAUUAAUUUGCUGCAGAAGAACAUUUUCUAUGAAGCCAAUAAGCUUUGAGUAUUAGACUAAAGUGUACAGUUGAUAGUGUGUUUUUUAUGAAAUUAUGAAAAUCACUAACUCACAUGUGCGAGUAUCAUUUCACUACAAGUUUAUUAAAAGUCCUUUUGUUUUGUCAAAGCUGUGAAGGCAUUCAACAUUUCAAGCAAUAAACAAGUGACUGUAC